AUGGCUCAACUCCUGAACAGCAUACUCACUGUGAUCAAGGUGUUCCAGAAAUAUGCUAAAGAGAAUGGGAAAUGUACCUUGCUCUGCAAGAAGGAGUUGAAGCAGCUGCUCUUGGCAGAGCUUGGAGAUAUCCUCCGGAGACCAAAUGACCCAGACAUGGUGGACACCAUCCUGAGCCUCUUGGAUAAAGACAGAAAUGGACGUGUUGAUUUUCAUGAAUAUCUCUUGUUGGUGUUCCAAUUGGCCCAAGCCUGCUAUCAUAAACUGGAUAAUAAGUCAUGUGGAGAUAGAAUCUCUCAGCAAGACAGGGAGCAGGAGGGAACACGAGACCAUAAGUUUCCAGAAAAUACAGGCAGGCAACACAGGCAGAGGCAUGAGGGAGAAAGGCAGGACUCCCACUGCACUCAGUCUGAGAGACAAAACCAGGAUUCCCGCUAUGGUCAGCCUGAGAGACAGGAUAGGGAGUCCCGCUAUGGUCAGCCUGAGGGACAGGAUAGGGAGUCCCACUAUGGUCAGCCUGAGGGACAGGAUAGGGAGUCCCGCUAUGGUCAGUCUGAGGGACAGGAUAGGGAGUCCCGCUAUGGUCAGUCUGAGGGACAGGAUAGGGAGUCCCACUAUGGUCAAAGGUGGAGACAUAAAUCUAGCAGUAGUCUGCCUAAAAGACAAGGAUAUAUCUUUGCCUUAAGUCAGUGUGAGAAACAAGUUCACGAUUCUCGUUAUGGCCAGACAAACCAACAGGAAUCAGGUUCUUAUCAUAAACAGUCUCAGAGGCUGGAUCAGGAAUCAGGCUAUGGUCAGAGAGAUAGACAAGAAUUGGACUUGCAAUUUGGCCAGAGAGACAGACAAGGCCAGAGUUCUCACUAUGGUCAGACGGACAGACAAGGCCAGAGUUCUCAGUGUGGCCAGACAGAAGGACAAGGCCAGAGUUCUCGAUGUGGCCAGACAGACAGACAAGGCCAGAGUUCCCACUAUGACCAGACAGACAGACAAGGCCAGAGUUCUCACUAUGGUCAGACAGACAGACAAGGCCUAGGUUCUCAGUGUAGCCAAACAGACAGACAAGGCCAGAGUUUCCAUUAUGGCCAGACAGACAGACAAGGCCAGAGUUCUCACUAUGGUCAGACAGACAGACAAGGCCUAGGUUCUCAGUGUAGCCAGACAGACAGACAAGGCCAGAGUUCCCACUAUGGUCAGACAGACAGACAAGGCCAGAGUUUCCAUUAUGGCCAGACAGACAGACAAGGCCAGAGUUCCCACUAUGGUCAGACAGACAGACAAGGCCUAGGUUCUCAGUGUAGCCAGACAGACAGACAAGGCCAGAGUUCCCACUAUGGUCAGACAGACAGACAAGGCCAGAGUUCUCAAUGUGGCCAGGCAGACAGACAAGACCAGAGUUCCCACUAUGGCCAGACAGACAGACAAGGCCAGAGUUCUCACUAUGGUCAGACAGACAGACAAGGCCUAGGUUCUCAGUGUAGCCAGACAGACAGACAAGGCCAGAGUUUCCAUUAUGGUCAGACAGACAGACAAGGCCAGAAUUCUCCCUACGGUCAGACAGAGAGACAAGGCCUAGGUUCUCAGUGCAGUCAGACAGCCAGACAAGGCCAGAGUUCCUACUAUGGUCAGACAGACAGACAAGGCCAGAGUUCCCACUAUGGCCAGAUAGAUAGACAAGGCCUCAGCUCUCACUAUGGCCAGAUAGAUAGACAAGGCCUGAGCUCUCAUGGCCAGACAGACAGACAAGGCCAGGGUUAUCAUUAUAGUCAGAGAGACAGACAGGGCCUGAGCUCUCACUAUGGUCAGUCAGGGAUUGGGGUAACAGGGCAAAAUAGUUACCUCCAAGGAAGUGAGGGAACAAGCAGAGACUCAUAUGUUGAGCAAUCAGGAAGGUCAGGGAGACUAAGUCAAAAGACUCAAGGACAGGAAAUGACUCGAAAUCAAGGGCAGAGAUUCCAGUCUAGGGAAGGCCACCAGAACAGCCACCAGGCAUGGGAGCCUGAGGAGGAUAGCCAACACCACCAACACAAACUCAUUGCACAUAUCCAGCUAGAAAGGUCAUGCGGUUACAAAAGAGGUGACUGGCAAUCAUGUAGUGGUGAGCAGGACCAGAGACAGGCCCAGGCUAGGCAAUGUCGUGGAGAGGGGCAGAGCCACCAGGCAGAGGAAGAGCAGGGCCACCAAAGCUGGGGCAGACAUAGUUGUGAGAGUCCGGUAACUCCAUUGGAGACGCAGGCCAGGCAAACCCAUGAAGAGGAAAAAAGCCAUCAGAGACAGGACAGGCAAACCCACGAAAGUGAGCAGACCCAUCAGAGAUGGGACAGGCAAACCCAUGAAGAUGAGCAGACCCAUCAAAGAAGGGACAGGCAAACCCACGAAGAUGAGCAGACCCGUCAGCAACGAGACAGGGAAGCCCAUGAAGAGAGUCAAAACUGUCAGCAACAAUGGGAUAGGCAAACCCUUGAGGAGGAAGAAAGGUAUCAAGGAUCCCAGGAUCAACAAUCUUAUGGGACCCAGCAAGGCUGUGCUAAUAGAGAAAAAAUCCACAUGAAUGAGAAUAGCCAGAGGCAAGGUUCACAGGGAAGACGCAGUAACCUGACCUUCCAUCCCACCCGGAGUGGUGGGAGGCCCCCAAGGAGAGAACAGGGUGGAAGUCACCCUACCAAAGCAGCUCCUGCUCCCAACCCCCUCUAUGACUAUGUACAAGAGCAGAAAAGGAAUCAACAUUAG